UCCCGUGCACAUGGCGGAGGCGUGCGACGCCGCGGUGCCCUACAUCCUCCUCGGCUUCCUCCUUCCCGGCGGCGCGGCGGCGCCGGCGCCGCCCGGAAGCUGUGGAUCAAGGGCUCCCAGAUCCCCGGCCCCCCCUCCUCCACCCCCUUCUUCGGCCGCGGCGACCUCGUCGCCGCUUGCGGAUCCGGCGCCGAUCUCUCUGGUUACUUGUCAAAGUUGCAUCAUAAGUAUGGACCUAUUGUGAGAUUAUGGCUCGGUCCUACACAGCUUCUUGUGUCAGUCAAAGAUACUGGCCUAAUUAAUGAGGUCCUUAUGAAAGCUGAAGAUAAGCUGCCAUUGACUGGAAAGGCGUACCAGUUGGCUUUCGGUAGAUCAAGUCUUUUUGCAUCCUCCUUUGAGCAGGUGAAAAAAGGAAGAGAAUCUUUAGCAGAAUACUUGAAUGCAAAGUUGGAUGAGAGAACAAACUUAAAUCUUGUGAAGGUGGUUGAAACUAUUCUGGGUAGAGUUGAUUCUAUUAUGGCUAAAGGAUUUCUCGAUUGCAGAGUUUUCGCGCAACACAUAGCAUUUUACAUUCUUGGAGCAACGAUUUUUGGGGAGGCAUUUUUGGAUUGGCCCAACUCGACUAUGUAUGAGGAGCUUCUGAUGAUGGUUGCGAAGGAUGGUUGCUUUUGGGCCUCUUGCAAAGUCCCUCCCUUUUGGAGUGUGGGGUAUUGGAGGUACCAUUUGUUGUGUGCUAAGUUGAAACACUUAACAAGAGAAAUUGUCCAACUAUAUAGAUGCAAUUAUAGCACUGCAACCCAAGAUGACCUAAAAAAAUGUACUGGAACUCAACAAGUUGGAGAGGAAAUUAGGAUGGAAUCUACUAGUUUGCUAAAUAAUGUUAUAUCAGGCAGCUUUAUCCAAUGCGAUAUUGAUGGGUAUCUCUGUUCGCAAGAAGAGCCAUGUGGGAAUAUCUUAGGUUUGAUGUUCCAUGGAUCCCUAGCAAUAGCAAGCUUGAUCGGUGGCGUUAUAACUAGGCUUGUACUGCAUCCCGAAUUACAGGGAAAGUUAUAUUCAGAGAUUAUUGCCACAAGGAAGAGGAAUUCUCAGCUAGAAACGAGUGAUGUGCAAAACAUGCAACUUUUACUGUCUACAGUUUAUGAAUCGGCUCGUCUAUUGCCGGCAGGACCUUUACUCCAAAGAUGCUCUUUGGAACAUGACUUGAGUCUCAAAUCUAGUAUCACUCUACCAGCAGGAGCAAUUCUUGUUGUUCCUUUACAGCUGGUGCAGAUGGAUUAUUCAAUCUGGGGCAAUGAUGCUUGUGAGUUUAAUCCAUGCCGUUUCCUCUCAAAGGCCACCGGUCUCAAAGAUGGCAAUUCUGAGAUUCAUGAGUCCGGUAAACGGCCAUUUGUUCGCGACCCAAAUAAAAAUGCAGCAUUCCUUCCUUUUGGGUCUGGUACACGGGCUUGUGUUGGUCAGAAGUUUGCACUUCAUUCAAUUUCAAGAGUACUUGCAUAUUUGCUUCAAAACUAUGAGAUAAGACUUCAACCAGGUGUUUCAGGAGAGCCGAAGCCGACGAUGGAUGACUGUAUUCUUCAACUUCUUCCCAGUCCAAAGAUUGUCUUAAAGAGAAGAACUGAACAAUAAGAAACACAUUUAUCAAUAUAGGUUUGCUCCUUCCUUUUUUCACCGGCACUGAAGACUCAGGAUAUGAACAGAAUACAACUCGUUUUGAGGUGUUAAUGAUGGAAGGAAUGAGUUUUACAGGGUUAAAAGUCAUUUUUCCUCCCGGUUUUUAACAGCUCCAGUGAUCUUUACCAGAUUUUAAAUUCGCAUGUGGGAGAGCUUGUGAGCUGUUGGUGGGAGUUGUGUGUGCAUUAUUUUGCUGUUUUAUUGAACUUUUCUUUUCUUUGUUUUGUUUUUUUUUUCCCCUUCAAAGGAGUUUGUGUAAUCGUACUCUGUGCUGAUUGUGAUCGAAGUCGUAUGAAAAACAUGCAUGCCACAGUGGCUCUGUAUUGUUUGCUCUGUUUUGAAUAUAAUCAUAUGAUGUCAUGCCUGUUUUCCUUUC